AUGAUGGAGCCCGAGUAUCCUUCCAGACCUUCACCAGCCCCGACUCCGUUGCCUGCCGUUCAGCUGAUUGGAGCCCAAAAGGCAGGUACCUCCGCCGUUGCCGAUUGGUUGUUUGAGGGAGGGUUCCAGAGACCACUAGUAUUUGAAAAGGAACCAUGGUUUUACAGCAAGGAGGUCCACUUCUUCGACACAGAUCAUCGCUAUCAUCAGGGUGCAGAAUUCUAUGCCAAGCGAUUUCAAUCCGACAACACAACACCCAUGGAUCUCCAAAGCACCGCCCUGGAUGCUACUCCAGACACAUUGCCCUUUGCCGACCGAGUUCGCGCAACUUACGAAUCGGCAGGAGGUCAACAGGUUAAGAAAGUCAAGAUCAUUGUAAUUCUUCGCGAGCCAGUCUCCCGAGAGCUCUCCUUGUAUAAUCACUUGGCAUUUGAUUGUCGUCGAUUGCCGUCAUCUGAGAGGAAUGAUUGGCACAACCAAGCCGUGAAAGACGACGGCUCUGUCAUGUCAUUUGACGACUUCGUCAUGGAACGGUCUCUCCCUGCCCUGGAACGAGAAACUGGACCCGGUCGAUCUACCCGACAUAGCCUCUACGCUACCCACUUGCGCAAGUGGUUCGAACUGUUUGAUCGCAGCCAGAUUCUCGUUUUGAGUUACGACGAGCUUCGGUUUCAUCCGGAAAAGACACAGGAGCGCAUCCAAAGCUUUCUCGGGCGCACCGUGCCAGGCAGCUUGAGGCGUUCCAACAGCAAUGAUAAUUCCUACAAGAUUGCAUUGCCAUCUCGUGACGCCAAGCAAGCCCUUGCAGGCGUUUUUGCAACCCUCAACGAAGAACUAUACCAACUCUUGGACUCUAAUCCGGGUCCGCCAAUGGAGCAAAGACCGUUCCCAAGGUUUCAAGAGCCUCCUUAG